CUACCUAACGAGGUCUUGUGCAGUAUUGCUGGCUUCGUCGACGACGCAGACAUUCCCAAUCUCCGACUGGCUGCUAAGGUCUUCCACUACAUCACAGCUGAACGUUUUGCGACGGUCUUCUUUCAAGAUCGUGCCUACGAGCUGUCACCCGCUGGACUGAAGGCUCUGGUCAAGAUCACGGAGCAUCCAGUCUUUGCGCCUUACAUCAGAACUGUCAUCAUUGGGCAUGGAGGGAAACAUCACUCAGCAAAAUACCACGACAAAAUGGAGUCAGCAUUCCAAAACCUCAAGGUUUAUGGACACAAGAUCUCUCUCGGACUU